UCACAGAGACCCGCUGUUUCACCGGAGAAACACGUCUCACAUGUUUGAGACAGUUUCAAAUAAAAUGUCAGAAGGAUUAUAACUGGGAACCAGUUCGGAGAUUUAAGCGUUUUUCAAGCGACAUGGACUCCAAACGGCAGAGUGUGGUGAUGGAGCGCCUUGUGAAUGAACUCAACUCUCUGCUGAAGAUGUUGGACCAGGAGACGGUUAGUCCAGAUACUGCCAACAAGAUGGCUUCCGUACGCAACAUCCUGGACUCUCUUCAGCUGUCAGUCAAUGGCUCAGACGUCUACAUGAACGGCACGAGUUUUGUCGCGUCUCUGUUUGAAGAUUUUGAUUGUGAUUUACACAUGCUCAGUGCAUCUCCAGUGGAGCAGAAAGAACCCAAAGACAAAGAGGAGAAAACACAGCCUAGUAAAUCAACACCCACAGACACACCACCGCCUUUGCCAGCAACACCACUUCCUGAUGACUACUAUGAAGAAGCUGUUCCUCUUGAUCCUGGAUCCUCUCCUCAGUAUUUCACCACAAAUUCCAGAAACUCUGUUGAAGAUGCCUACUAUGAAGAUGCUGAUAAUAACUACCCCACUACCAGGAUUAAUGGGCCCUCUAAAACAUCCAACAAUGACUCAGAUGCGCUGAGUAGCUCCUACGAGUCUUAUGAAGAGGAGGAGGAGGAGGCCAAGGGACGGAACUCCUCUCAGAGGUGGACCGCUGAGGGAAGCCCUGAUGAACCGGUCAGGGAUUGCCACAUAUGUGCCUUCCUGAUGCGAAAAAAGCGAUUUGGCCAGUGGACAAAGCAGCUAGUAGUUGUUAGAGACAAUAAACUCCAGUGCUAUAAAAGUAUAAAGGAGUUGUCACCGACCACGGAGCUCCCCCUGAACCUCUGCAACGUCAUCUAUGUCCCAAAGGAAGGCCGGAAAAAGAGGCACGAGCUGCGCUUCUCCUUACCUGGAGGUGAAGCUCUGGUCCUGGCCGUUCAGAGUAAAGAGCAGGCCCAGCGGUGGCUCAAGGUGGUUCAUGACGUUGGCAGUCAGUGUAAUAACACAGAAGGACUGAAUGGAUCAACAUCUCCAAUAAUACAGAGGAAACUGGAGCUCGAUAAGAUGCUGCAGUCAGACAGACAAACAUCGGACUCAGACAGCGGUCCAAUAGGAGACAGUCAGUCCAACGCUUACGGAGCAGGACGAGACAUCACCGACUCACUCAACAGAGGAAAGCGGGGCGCGUUCUCAGAGCUGACGGGGUCGAUGAGCCGAGCAGCGGGAAAGAAAAUCAAUCGGAUCAUCACUUUCUCCAAAAAGAAGCCUCCGUUACCAGGAGACCCUCCCUCAUCUUCUGGGCACCAUGACAACCCCCGCUGUGGUUAUCUCAGUGUGUGUCUCAGUGGCUGCUGGAAGGAGCGCUGGUGUGUUCUCCGAGGUGGAAAUCUGUACCUGCAAAAGGAUCCCGGGGACCAGCAGCCUCCAGUCAUUGUGGUGCCUCUUAAAGGGGCAGAGGUGGUGCCUGGGGGCCUCGGACCCAAACAUCCCUUCUCAUUUCAUAUCAUGCAAGCGGGCAAUGAGCUUGCAGCUUUAGAGGCGAGCUCCUCUGAAGAUCUUGGCCGCUGGCUGGGCGUUUUGUUUGCCGAGACCGGUAGCGGCACCCUCCCUGAAGAGCUGCACUACGACUACAUCGAUGUGGACACACUCACCGACAUACGGCAAGCUGCCAGACACUCCUUCUUGUGGGCUACUACCACUGCUACUUCCUCCAGCAGUGCUUCAAUAGAUUCCAGAACGUAUGACGAAGUGUACGAAAGCAUUGCGGAUGAAGAUGUCGAGAGCAAAACAGGUCAGGUGAGACGUCAUGCCUCCUUCUCCAGCAGGGACUCAGAAAAAACCGAACAACAGGCUACCAUCAAGAGGCACGCCUCCAAUGUAAAUCCGUACGGGCGCUAUGGGAAGAUGCGUGCAGAGGAAGACGCCAGACGAUACCUGAGGCAGAAAGAGGAGCUGGAGAAGCAAAAGGAGGAGCUGAGAAACACCCUGAUCUCCCUCCGUAGGGAGAAGAAGGAGGUGAAGGAGCAAAUGAAGAGUGACACAGGUGAUGCUUUGGAAAAGCGGUUAGCUGAGAUAGAGACGCUGUGCAAACAAAAGGAGGAGGAGAGGGUGGAGCUGGAGCUCCAGCUGACAGAAGUCAAAGAAAAUCUGAAGAAAUCACUGGCUAGAGGAGCUCUGGGUCCGCCUGUGGACACAAAGGUUAACGUCAAGACUCAGAGAAAUAAGGCUGAAAAGGUUUACAACGAGAGCGCUCCCGUCAACUCAGCAUCUGAGCUUCGUAAACGCCCCCCGUCUCUUUACGCUUCCUCCAGGGGGAACGUCAUGCAGAAAGCAAAGGAGUGGGAGUCAAAGAAGGGGACCUAGACGACACAGACAGACUGACAGGAACUGGAGGAGAAAAGAAAAACUCUUGUUUGGCAGGAGAAUGUGUGCCAGAUGAAAGCAUGAGGAGAUCACAUAUUAAAGAGGAUAAAGAAAAGAAAGGGAUGAAGAGGGUGAUGCACAGCCAGGCUGAUGCUAAUCAAGCUACCUUAAAUGUGACAAACUUGACCGAUUAAAACCAGCGCAGUAUUAAUGUGAUCACUCUAACCAUGAGCUAAGUCUUGUGUUUAUGUGUCUGCAUGUUCAUUGCACAUGUGCAGAAAGUGACCAUGUGACCUUUGAACAGAAAUGCGUAGUAAAGGGAGAGAAGGAUGAUUCUUACUGUAGGUUGAAGAUACAGACAAGACUUCCUUCCUGUAUUCACCCAAAUAUUUUGGGUCUUUUACACAAAAUGUAUAAAUGAAAGUUAAAGAGUGAAACCAAAAGUUCUUAAAUUAUCAUUGUCUUUAGAGGAAGUAUCUCAUAUUUGAAGGAUUUUUAAAAAAUCAUAACUAGUAUGACACUGUACCUGAGAGAAAUAAACCAACGUUUAUUGUUUUAAUGUGAAGUGAUUACUUUAAACAUUGUAUGUUUUUAUUUUACAUAUAUAAAUUUACUUUUUUUUUUAUUUAAUUGUUGCACUUUAUGCUUUUGUAAUUACCUAAAUGUUUCCAGUUAUAGCAAAACAAACAUACCCUUAGUAGCCAAAGUAUUUGAAGAAAAUGCCAUGUCUGCUCUUCACUGCACAGAUGUGAACAAAACACACAUGUUGGAGUAAAUCAUUGUUUCAAGAGAC